UAGUCCUGUCAAGCGCCCAGCUCUUUCUCCCGUACUAAGAUGGCGGCAGAAGCAGCUGGUGGGAAGUACAGAAGCACAGUCAGCAAAAGCAAAGACCCCUCGGGGCUGCUCAUCUCGGUGAUCAGGACUCUGUCUACCAGCGAUGAUGUUGAAGACAGAGAAAAUGAGAAGGGUCGUCUUGAAGAAGCCUAUGAGAAAUGUGACCGUGACCUGGAUGAAUUGAUCGUGCAGCACUACACAGAAUUGACAACAGCCAUUCGCACAUACCAGAGCAUCACAGAGCGCAUUACUAACUCCCGAAAUAAAAUAAAGCAGGUAAAAGAGAAUCUACUUUCCUGCAAGAUGCUAUUGCACUGCAAACGGGAUGAACUUCGGAAACUGUGGAUUGAAGGAAUUGAACAUAAGCAUGUCCUGAUCCUGCUGGAUGAUAUUGAAAACAUCAAACAAGUGCCUCAAAAGCUGGAACAGUGCAUGGCCAGCAAGCACUAUCUCAGUGCCACUGACAUGUUGGUGUCAGCUGUAGAGUCUCUGGAGGGCUCACUCCUCCAGGUAGAAGGACUCAGUGACCUCAGAUUGGAGCUUCACAGCAAGAAGAUGAACCUGCACCUGGUUCUCAUAGAUGAACUGCACCGCCACCUGUAUAUCAAAUCCACUAGCCGGGUUGUGCAGCAUAACAAAGAAAAAGGGAAAAUGAGCUCUCAUGGGAAAGAUGCCUCUCCUGGUCCUCUGAUGGAUGUUACAAACCUCCCCACCCCACGCAAAUUCCUUGAUGCCACUCAGUAUUCUUCUGCUGGAAUCUCAAGUGUGAGGGAGAACAACCUGCAGGAAAUCAAGGAGGACUUGGAAUUGGAUCCAGAGGAGAACAGCACCCUUUUUAUGGGUAUCCUUAUCAAGGGGCUGGCCAAACUGAAGAAGGUCCCAGAGACAGUUAAGGCCAUCAAAGAACGCUUGGAGCAGGAGCUAAAGCAGAUUGUGAAACGGUCAACGACCCAGGUGGCAGACAGUGGCUAUCAGAGGGGAGAGAACCUCACUGUGGAGAAUCAGCCAAGGUUACUUCUAGAACUGCUGGAGCUGCUGUUUGACAAGUUUAAUGCUGUAGCCAGUGCACACUCUGUGGUGCUGGGGUACCUGCAGGACUCUGUUGGGACCCAGCCAACACAGCAGGAGGAAAUCAAAUUAUAUGAUAUGGCAGAUGUGUGGGUGAAGAUCCAAGAUGUGCUGCAGAUGCUGUUGACUGAGUACUUGGAUAUGAAAAACACACGCACAGCGUCAGAACCAUCAGCUCAACUAAGCUAUGCCAGCACUGGACGGGAGUUUGCAGCUUUCUUUGCCAAGAAGAAGCCACAAAGGCCAAAGAAUUCUCUUUUCAAGUUUGAAUCGUCUUCUCACGCUAUCAGCAUGAGCGCCUAUCUGCGAGAACAGAGAAGAGAGCUCUAUAGUCGCAGUGGAGAACUUCAAGGAGGUCCUGAUGACAACUUAAUUGAAGGUGGCGGAACGAAAUUUGUCUGCAAACCUGGAGCCAGAAAUAUCACUGUCAUAUUCCAUCCAUUACUAAGAUUUAUUCAGGAGAUUGAGCAUGCCCUGGGACUUGGCCCCGCCAAACAGUGUCCUCUUCGAGAGUUUCUCACCGCAUAUAUCAAAGACAUCUUCCUUCAUCAGGUCUUGACUGAGAUCAACAAAGAGAUUGAAGGAGUCACUAAAACAUCAGACCCCUUGAAGAUCCUAGCUAAUGCAGACACCAUGAAAGUGCUGGGGGUACAGAGGCCUCUCCUACAGAGCACAAUCAUUGUGGAGAAGACAGUGCAAGACCUCAUGAACCUGAUGCAUGACCUGAGCGCAUAUUCGGAUCAGUUCCUCAACAUGGUGUGUGUGAAGCUCCAGGAGUACAAGGACACCUGCUCUGCAGCCUACAGGGGCAUUGCCCAGUCAGAAGAGAAGCUUGUUAUUAGUGCAUCAUGGGCAAAAGAUGAUGAUAUCAGCAGACUCUUGAAAUCACUACCAAACUGGAUCAAUAUGGCUCAGCCCAAGCAGCUGAGGCCCAAGAGGGAAGAAGAAGAAGAUUUCAUAAGGGCAGCCUUUAGCAAGGAGUCUGAAGUUCUAAUUGGGAACCUUGGUGACAAACUCAUCCCUCCGCAAGACAUCCUCCGUGACGUCAGUGACCUCAAAGCCUUGGCCAACAUGCAUGAAAGCCUGGAAUGGCUGGCAGGCCGAACAAAGUCAGCCUUCUCCAAUCUUUCUACAUCCCAGAUGCUUUCUCCUGCUCAAGAGAGUCACGUGAACAUGGACCUACCCCCCGUGUCCGAGCAGAUCAUGCAGACGCUGAGUGAACUUGCCAAGUCCUUCCAGGAUAUGGCUGACCGCUGCCUGCUGGUCUUGCAUCUGGAAGUGAGAGUUCACUGUUUCCACUACCUCAUCCCCCUGGCAAAGGAGGGCAACUAUGCCAUUGUUGCCAAUGUGGAAAGUAUGGAUUAUGAUCCUCUGGUGGUCAAGCUCAACAAAGACAUCAGUGCCAUGGAAGAGGCCAUGAGUGCCAGCCUUCAGCAGCACAAGUUCCAGUACAUCUUUGAAGGCCUGGGACACCUCAUCUCCUGUAUCCUCAUUAAUGGUGCCCAGUACUUCAGGCGCAUCAGUGAGUCUGGCAUCAAGAAAAUGUGUAGAAACAUUUUUGUUCUUCAGCAGAAUUUGACCAACAUCACCAUGUCACGGGAGGCAGACCUGGACUUUGCAAGGCAGUACUACGAGAUGCUGUACAACACAGCUGAUGAGCUGCUGAACCUGGUGGUGGACCAGGGUGUGAAGUACACAGAGCUGGAGUACAUCCACGCCCUGACUCUGCUGCAUCGCAGUCAGACUGGAGUGGGGGACCAGACCACCCAGAACACCAGGCUACAGCGGCUCAAAGAGAUCAUCUGUGAGCAAGCUGCCAUCAAGCAAGCCACCAAGGACAAGAAAAUAACCACCGUCUGAUGGGGUGCAUCUCAGUGGGGUGUGGGUAGGGGCUCACAGUGCCCUCUGUCAUGUGCCCUGAGGCUUUCUUUGGUAUGUUACUUGGUGUAGUCUGAGCAGACUUAAUUUUGUUGACCCUGAUGCUUAGUAGAUAGAAAGUGUAAGGAUUGUCUCCUCUUUAAUUUUGCCUUUUCAUAUGAACCUGAAAGGAAAUUUGCAGUACAGAAUGUGUCGCCUGACAAUUACUAAAAUGCAGUCUAUUCCCUAGGGGCUCAGGUGCACUAAGGAAGACGAUAUGCCAAGUUGCUGGACUCUAAGAAAGGAAUGAAUGAAUAACUAAUUAAUGCUUUUUUAAUGCCCAACAUAUAUAAAAUUCCAGCGUUGGAAACCGGAACUUUUAGGAGAGUCCUAAAGCCAUGUAAUAAUGUCUAUCGCAUAAACAGUAGGGUUUUUACUCUCGACCUUGUCAAUUUACAGUCCGAUGGAAUAAGUGUAUGUGCAUUGCUUUCUGCCUCUGUUCCCCAAAUCAAUAAAUGGCUUCUCAGCUGGCUGUGACUUUCCCUGCCAAAACAGGAACUUUUCAAGGCUGGAGUGAAAGAAGUCCUUUAUCCCAUCCUAGGGAGACUUUGCAUGCUAUAGCUCGUAGCUUGGUUGCUUUUACGACCUCUUUGUUUCAUUCUUUCCAUAUCAAAACCAAGAGUUUUUAGUGACAAAAAUGGGAGGGUGAAAGGUGAUUCCAUCUCCCUUGACUUGGCCCUCUAAAUAAUGGUUGUAGAACUGAAAUUCAUUUAGGUGAAUUGAGGUGCCCCCAUAUACCCCCAUUCAAGGCUCUGUCAUGGUGGAGAAGCCGGGCCGUAGCAGGAACUUGAGGCCACUGGUCAUAUUGCACCCAUAUUCCAGCAGCGUAGAGCAAUGAAGGCUCACAUUCCACCAGCUUUCACCUUUUCAUGAGUCUGGAACCCCAGCCCAGCGAAUGGUCGCCCCACACUCAGGGUGGGUCUUUCCACCUCAAUUAACAUUGUCUAAAUAAUUUCUUACAGACGUGCCCAGAGGCUUGUUCCCUGGGUGAUUCUAGAAUCUGUCAAGUUAACCAUCAUGGGCACUUAAGUCUUUGUCACCACAGAAAGUUAGCUCAGGUCUGCCACCUGAGUGUGAGGAAGAUGAGGCAUCUGUUGCCACCAGCUAAGCCUUUUUCUGAAUCACCCUUUUCUGACUGCUUGCAGUGUUCCUGGAAUCUAAUCACUGUCCCCAGCCCCCAAGUCCUCUUGCUGUUCCUGGUUCAUACACCACAGGAGACAGCAUGCACUGACAGGGAUGCUUCUUAAACACACAUGGAAGGAAGAGCCAGAAGGGCUUGGACCAUAGAAGAUCACACCUCAUACCCUGAUGGAGGGGCUUUUUACACCUGUUUGUAACAGCUUUGGUCUUCAUGGGGAUAGCAGAAAAUUAAAAACUGUUUUGAGAAGCUUA